UCUCUGGUGCAAAGGCGAAGGGAGGCUGAGGUAAUAGGCCUGAGGCGGUGGCCCGGGUGAGGACGCCCGGGAUCAACUGAAACGGGCCGUGUAGAACCUCUUCACGAGUGAAUCGGCCUGCGCCAAGCUCUGUGGAAAUCGGAGUGGAGGUGUCGGGAACUAGGCCCGAGUGACUUGCCCAAGGCCUGGUAGCGCCCAAACCGGGUCUGGAGCCCGCGGCCUCGAGGCCUCCGAGCUCAGAGCCUUGGUGCUGGGACUGGGGCAGCGCCGCCGUUACCCGGACAUUGUCUUUCCGGUUGAUCUUUGCUUAAUAGAUCCUAAAGCCAGUCGCUAGUGGUAUUGGACUGGCAGAGGGAGGGGAAAGGUGGAUUCGACGCGUGAGCGAGUGGGUCCGUUGUAACUGCGUUGCAUUGGGUUUCUUUCUUUCUUUUUCUUCAGCCUAGUGCUUCGUGGAGGAAGUAAAGGAAGGGCACAGCCAGGAGAAGUGAUACCCAAACGAUCGAGGCUAAGGCUGAGGCCUUGGAGCUGGCCACGGGGUGAUAAGAAAUGAAGCCAACAGGUACAGACCCAAGGAUCUUAUCUUUAGCUGCUGAAGUUGCAAAAAGUCCUGAACAGAAUGUCCCUGUUAUACUGUUGAAGUUAAAAGAAAUAAUAAACACACCUUUAGGAAGCUCAGAGUUGAAGAAAGUUAAACAAGACAUAUAUUGUUAUGACCUUGUUCAAUAUUGCCUCUUGGUUCUUAGUCAAGAUUGUUCUCGAAUCCAGGGUGGAUGGACUACAAUUUCCCAACUGACACAGAUAUUAAGCCAUUGCUGUGUGGGCUUAGAACCAGGAGAAGAUGCAGAAGAAUUCUACAAGGAAUUACUUCCAUCAGCUGCAGAAAUUUUUCUAGUUUUGGGAAGACAGUUGCAAACAUGUUUUAUCAAUGCAACUAAGGGUGAAGAAAAAGGUGAACUACUGCAUUUUUUCCAAAUUGUGACUGAUUCUCUCUUUUGGCUAUUGGGAGGCCAUGUUCAACUCAUACAGAAUGUGCUGCAAAGUGAUCAUUUCUUACACUUAAUGCAAACUGACAAUAUUCAAAUAGGAUCUACAGUCAUGAGUCUACUACAGAAUAUACUACAGAUUAACAGUGGUGACUUACUCAAAAUAGGAGAAAAAACAUUGCAUUCCAUUUUAGAUGAGCUUAUUUUCAAGCUUUUAUCAACUCCCAGUCCAGUCAUAAGAAGUUCUGCUACAAAACUCCUACUGUUGAUGGCUGAAUCCCAUCAGGAAAUUUUGAUUUUACUGCGAUUAAGUUCUUGCCACAAAGAACUCAGAAAUCUAUUAAAUAAACAGGAAAGUGGGACAGAAUUUAGUCAAGAACUUAGAGAGCUCGUUGGUCUUUUAAGUCCUAAAGUCUAUCAGGAAACAGAAGAGCAGAAGUUACAUCAAGCAGCUUGUUUGAUUCAAGCUUAUUGGAAAGGUUUCCAGACUAGAAAGAGAUUAAAGAAGCUUCCAUCUGCUGUGGUUGCUUUGCAGAGGAGUUUCAGAUCUAAACGAGCAAAGAUGUUAUUAAAAGUGAAUAGGCAGAAGGAAGAAGAAGACCUCAAAUUAAGAUCAAAGCUUCAAAGACAGAGAGCUAUGAGACUUUCCCGAGAAUUACGACUAAAUAUGCUUGAAAUAGUUCAUCCAGGUCAAGUGGAGAAGUUCAAUAAGGAACUUGAAGAGAAGUCAGCAAUUAUUAUCCAGAAACAUUGGAGAGGAUACAGAGAAAGGAAGAAUUUUCGCCAACAGAGGCCAUCUCUUAGAGAGUAUAAAGCAGCUGUUAUACUUCAAAGAGCAGUGAGUCUUACAUUCCUAUAUGGUUCUCAGAUGUCAGAUGUGGCCAGCAGAGAACUACAUGCUCAAGCUCAAGAACGACUGCAGCACUACUUUAUGGGUAGAGUCGUAGAAGAAAGAUCCCAGCAGCACAGAGAGGCUCUUAUGGCUCAGAUCAGCACCAGUAUUGAACAGUUGAUGAAGGCACCAAAUCUGAAGGAGGCAGAAGGGAAAGAACCUGAGCACUUCCUAAGCAGGUCUGGCCCUGUAGCAGCAAAGGCAAAGCAGGCCCAUUUCAACACACUGAAGCAUAUACAAGCACCCUGGUGGAAGAAGCUUGGGGAAGAACUAGAAAAUGAGAUUGAUAUUCAACAGGAUGAGCUUAGUAUAGAAUUAGGAGCUUUAUUCACUGGUGGGACCAAACCCCCUUAAAACUUAACAUGAAAACUGACAUAAAUCCUGUAUUUCAGGACAUUAUGUUGAUACUACCUCUGGCCUGCUGGUAGAUGAGGGCUAUCCUAACUCAUUUUUGCCAAAGGAUUCUCCCCAAACAAAAGUUGUAGGCACUAAGAAAGGAGUUAUCUACCUCUCUGUUUUCUUGUUUAUUCCAUACCCAUUUCUAGACUCAUAAAUAGAGGUGUAUGGCUUUUACUGUUGGACUAAAUUCAGCAGAGAAUUCUAUUGUGUGAAAUGUAAAAUUUCUUUCAUUUCUGUUUUCCAGCUAAAGGUUUUUUUCUAAAUAAAUAUUUUCAACAGUUCUGAAAAACUUGUCAGGAUUAUUUCAGCUUUUCACAUUUGUUAUUAAGAAUUACUGAUUGUUGUUAUUGUUGUUUGUUGGAGAUUGAUUUUUGUCCUUGGAGGGGAGUACUAUUCAAUAGGAUUUGAUACCAGAAAAAUUUCUCCAGAUAAGACUAUCUUCUUAACUGUAAGAACUAUAUAACCUUUUGCUUCCUUUUUGGUCUCUUUUGGGAAUCUCAGAGAUAAAUACACUUAAUGUUAGUUAUGAUCAUAGAUAUCUAUAUGAUUUGGCUGUAAUAAUUCCUGGUUUCCUUAUUUACCCUUACUUGUAUUUAAUAGCAGAAUUUACCUCAAUUUGUUUUUGUAACAAUAUGGAAUUUAAGUUAAAACA